AUGCUUUACAAGUUUAUUUUUGUGUUGUUGAUUGCUCAUCUUGCAUCAUUCCAUUUUGAAACAUGGUCAGAAAACAACUAUACUUCUAAAACUUAUCAUCAAAGAGGAACUUUUGUACCUGGUUUUAUCAUUAAAUCUUACAGAUGGGAAAGUCCAAGCGGUGAUGGAUGUUGUGUUAAAAUGUGCUAUGGUAGUAGAAAUGUUAGGUAUUGGUGUUCAUCUUAUAGCAAUGGUUUACCAAGCUCUAAAUUCAACAAAAUUGUUAUUGGAUGUGGUGACGAACAGCUAGUUUGUAAUUGA